AUGGCCGAACUUCCACUCUUUUCUUCUCUGAGAGAAGAGCUGAAUUCACCACCUAAGAUAUCAAUCCAAAUCAUAGGAUCAAAACUCACAGACGAACAGGUCAAGGAAAUUGACUUUGAUCUUUGGGUUGACUGUACGAAGAUGGUUGGAAUCAAGUCGAUUAAAGCAUCAACUAGUACUGAAGAAUUAUGUCACACCUGGCAAAACCCAUCCAAGAGCCAGGACAAUCCCGAAGAUAUGCUGGAAAGAUGGCUGAACUACUGGUUGAAUGACUGUGCAGAAACAGACAGAAGCUGGACACUGCACAAGUCAGUCUCUAUUGCGCAGGAGGAGCUCGGCGCGAUGAAAUUUCACAUAAAACUCCUGGCACGCGAAGCCUAUUAUCGGGGCUCGAUUGAAGUCAGUUUACAUGCGCCCUCUUCUGAGCCUGAUUAUAAUCCUCUGGGUUACGAGAGCGCAGACAAUGCACGGCUUCAGGUUGAAUGGAGUCUUGAGUGCCCUUUCAAGCCCACUGACCACAACUCGAAUUCCAUACUUCAGUAUGCAAUUAAACUGCGGAAGAAGGGCUGGGUGGAUCUGAACGGACCAACGCCCUCUUAUGGGCAGCUUAUGCGUCGAACAGCGCCCGCUUAUGAUAGUUUGGAUGACAGCACAAUCAGGGAUAGACUACUCUGGCUGUGGGGCCGUGAUGGUCCGCCAUAA